AUGACUUUCGCAAUGUUGCUGUCGAAAUUGUCUCAUGAGGCUACUGGGGCUUUUGGAAGCUCUCAGGGACGUCAUGCAGGCGCGAUCAAAAGAGACUGUGCUCACGCACCGUACGGGGACGGUGUCGCUUCGAUCCUGGGACGCUUCAAUAGAGUCCAUCAUUCACCGGCUAGUAAUAUUCAUGGAACAGUUUCAGCUCCAGUUCAGUGA